AUGCUCACGAGCGCACCAUCGGAGCUUGUCAUCGAGUCGAAGAGAUUCCCUCGCAAGAUCUGGCAAUCUUGGAAAGUCGAUCCCACACGAUUCGAGAGCAGAGACAUUGAGCGAGCUAGGACUUGGACUGUCAAGAAUCCUGGUCAUCGAUAUGAAGUCUUGACGGAUGACAAUGCUGAUUACUACGUCGAGCACCAUUACGGACCACUGGGACUCAACAGACCGGAUAUUGUCAACACGUACAAGUCCCUCAACGCCAGAAUCAUCAAGUCAGAUCUGCUGCGAUAUCUGAUCAUGUACGUUGAGGGUGGAGUCUACGCCGACAUCGACGUGGAAGCAAUCAGACCCAUCAAGCGCUUCCUCCCCAAGAUAUAUGACGAAGCAGAGGUGGACAUGGUGAUCGGCAUCGAGGUUGACGAGCCGAGUUUUGCAGCCCAUCCAGUCCUGGGAUCAAAAGCUCAAUCCUUCUGCCAAUGGACCUUCAUGUGCAAACCCAGACUACCCGUCAUGAUGCGUUUGAUUGAGAACAUCAUGAGAUGGCUUCAUGAUCUGUCAAUCAAGCAAGGAAAGCCGAUAUCUGAGCUAUACCUUGACUUCAAUGAAGUCUUGACCGGCACUGGUCCAUCAGCAUUCACCAUCGCGAUCCUUGCAGAGAUGUCAAAGACAACCGGCAACCCUGUACGGUGGAACAGGUUCACCGGUCUCACUGAAGCUAAGCUCGUCGGCGGAGUGUUAGUUCUCCCAGUUGAGGCGUUCGCAGCCGGGACUGGGCACUCUGACUCGGGCAACCACAAGGGCAAGGGCGCUAUGGUCAAGCACCACUUUCACGCCUCAUCCUGGCCUUCUAAGCACCCGCGCUUCAAACACCCCGUCUAUGGCGAGGUUGAGAAGUGCAAUUGGGAUCUCGAAUGCGUCAAGCUGUGGGAUGCCAACACGGCUUUCUUCGACAAUCUUCCAGAAGAGGAACGGCUGGAGAUCAUCAACAUCAAGGACAAGAAGCACUCUGAUGUGCCCAACCCCCCCAUCGUACACGACAGAGCCGGUGACAGACAAGACUUGCCAGUUGAGAUUCGCAUUCAGGAGCGAUUCCCACUGCAGAUUUUCGUUGAGGAUGGGUCCGAAGAGUCAUCAGGAGAACCACUCUCUGAUCACUUUGAUACGUCUGAGCCUGACAAUCCUUCGGCGAUGGCAUUGAACUCAGGCUCGCAUGAGUUACGAGAAGCAGAGAUGAAGGACCCACAAGUCGACAGCUUACCGCCUAUGGGUCCCGGUGCCCCAGCCGAACUGGAGACGGCAGAAGAAAUACACCUGGAGGCUAGAGACACGCAGGACGCGAACACAGUUCCUCUGGCCAUAAGCGGGGGGCUAACACCCGGGCUUGACAUGUGA